GAGCCCGAGGCGCUCCUGGCGUGGGCAAAUGGCGCACGGCUGAACGUGUGGACGCGGCAGGCGGCCGCUGCGCCGUGCGGCGAGCUUCUCACGCAGGGCGGACCGCGCACGAAGUGGGAACAGCGCAGUGACAGCUCCCAGGAUACGUACGGGCCUCGCCAGGUCACCGACAUCUUCAGCCAGCUGGAUGCCGACGGGGACGGCGCCCUCACGUGGCCCACGCCGCCA